GCAUGUCAAUGUUUUACUCUAAGUUAGUGCCGUUUAGAAAUCCCUGGGGGGUGCAGAGGAGGCACCUGAACGUGCUGGAGCACGUCAGCUACACUUUACUCAAAGAUGCAGGCAUAACCGUGCCGAAUUUCGGGGUGGCCAAAACCAAGGAGGAGGCCAAGGAUAUCGCUGCCAAAUUGAACACCAAGGACAUAGUGUUGAAGGCGCAAGUGCUGGCUGGCGGUAGAGGAGUCGGGCACUUCAAAAACGGCCUCAAGGGGGGCGUGAGGAUGGUGUUCACCCCCGAGGAGGCCGAGGACAUAGCCGGGAAGAUGCUGGGACAGUAUUUGGUUACGAAACAAACUGGCGAAGCUGGCAGGUUGUGCAACCUUGUUAUGGUCACCGAGAGGAAGUUCCCCAGGCGGGAAUUUUACUUUUCGGUGAUGAUGGAGAGGAGUUUCGGAGGUCCAGUCAUCAUAGCAUCGUCGCAGGGGGGUGUCAACAUUGAAGACGUGGCUGCACAAAGUCCCGAAGCCAUCAUAUACGAGCCCGUGGACAUCAUCAAGGGGUUAGACAACGCACAGGCGGAAAAGGUGGCGGAAAAAGUCGGUCUAGGCCCUCAGAAAAAAGAGGCGGGCGACAUGCUGAUGAAACUGUACGAUCUGUUCAUAAAAAAGGACGCGUUGCUCAUCGAAAUCAACCCCUACGCCGAAGACACGGGCGACAAGUUCUUCUCGUUGGACGCCAAGUUCCGUUUCGACGACAACGCCGAGUUCCGACAGAAGGAACUGUUCGCCCUCCGUGAUUGGACGCAGGAGGACGAGAAGGAGAUGCAGGCCGCUAAGUUUGAGCUCAAUUACAUCGCCUUGGACGGCAACAUUGGGUGCAUGGUGAACGGGGCUGGCCUGGCCAUGGCUACGUGCGACACAAUCAGCCUCCACGGAGGGUCGCCGGCCAAUUUCUUGGACGUGGGGGGUAGCGCCAACGCCGCCGCCGUCAAGGAGGCGUUCAAAAUCAUCACCUCUGACCCCAAGGUGCACGCCAUCUUGGUCAACAUCUUCGGCGGAAUCAUGAGGUGCGACGUCAUAGCUGAGGGGAUAAUCGCAGCGACCAAGGAGUUAGGUCUGAAGCUGCCGGUGGUAUGCAGACUGCAGGGUAACAACAGGGAAAAGGCGGCCGAAUUGAUUAAGGCAAGUGGGUUGAAAAUUUUGCCUGUGGAUGACUUGGAUGAAGCCACCAAAUUGGCGGUGAAGCUAUCGAAUAUUGUGACCUUGGCGAAGAGUGCCAACUUGGCCGUCAACUUUGAGGUCAAACGCUGAUUUUUAUGCCACUACAUUUUAUACUGUAUUGUAUAAUUAUAAUAAAUAUAUUAAAAUUA